AUGGUCCAAAUGUUUUUGCCCUUUUUCCGCCAAAUUUCGAAUAAUGGGAGUUUGAUUGUGCAGAAGUGGAGAUUUGGGAGCUGGCUUGAUGGGUUGAUUAACGGUAUGUGUGGCUUACACUCGAAGAGCCUGAACCUGGCUCACUGUUGUCAAGCUAACGCAUUCGGAUAUUCCCGAGGAAGACAGAUAUUGGAAUGCAACUGUGGUGGAGAAUACAGAGAGAGUUUGGCGGGAUCUUUUUUUCCAGAGGAUACGGGCAUGUUUUUGGUUUUGGAAUUUGACAUAGGGUUUCUCUUGAAAGUGCAGAAUUUGAUGAUUUUGAAUGCAUAA